AAGCAAGGGAAUCAAUCUCACAAUGGGCACAGUGUCCUGAGUGCAGAAGGGAAGUGUGCUGAUGGAGGAAGUCACCAAGGACUCGGGAAGAAAAAUCACGGAGGUCCCUGGAUGGACUGUAGCAGACUGAAUUCAGCGCUCCGAUUGCCAUGCAACCAGGCCCUUGCUCUGAAGCUCCUUUUUGCCCCACUCCCCUUUUCCUUCUGAGAAGAUAUGAAGUUAGUAAGUGGUGGAAGGUUUCUUUUCUAACUAUGAUUCAAAAAGAAGCUUAGCCACAGAACAGGUGAGUGCUACUGCCUUAGAGAACAACUUGUAGAGACAUGCCCCAGAUAGAUCCACCCCGGAUUUUUCAAAGAAGGCAACUCCUUCAUCAUGUAUUGUAAGGCCUUCCAAGUUCAAGAAGAAGCCAUCUGCUUCCACAUUGAUCACCUGACUCAAGGUACCCAGCAGGCUCCCUGUGAGUAUACCAGAGACUUCACUACAACAUGACCCACAGGGGUAACCCAGGACCUGUCCACAGGCUGAAACUUGUGACUCUUCUGUUUGCCCUAAGUCCAGAACUUCUUUUCCUGGGAGCAGCAGUGAAGCUUCAGGACAAUGGGUACGACGGAUUGCUUGUUGCGAUUAACCCUCGGGUACCCGAGAAUCUGAACCUGAUUACAAACAUGAAGGAGAUGAUAACUGAAGCUUCCUUUUACCUGUUCAAUGCUACCAAGAGAAGAGUGUUUUUCAGAAAUAUACAGAUUUUAAUACCUGCCACUUGGACAGCUCAUAAUUAUAGCAAAGUAAAACAAGAAUCCUAUGAAAAGGCAAAUGUCAUAGUGACUGAGCAGAAUGGGGUACACGGGGAUGAUCCAUAUACGCUACAACACAGAGGGUGUGGAAAAGAGGGGAAAUACAUCCAUUUCACCCCUAGCUUCCUGCUAAAUGAUGAGUUAGCAGCAGGAUAUGGCUCAAGAGGCAGGGUGUUCGUCCAUGAAUGGGCCCAUCUCCGCUGGGGUGUGUUUGAUGAAUAUAACCACGACAAGCCAUUCUACAUGAAUGGGCGGAAUGAAAUUCAAGUCACAAGGUGUUCAUCUGACAUCACUGGAGUUUUUGUGUGUGAAAAGGGCCUUUGUCCCCAGGAAGGCUGUAUCAUUAGUAAGCUUUUCAGAGAAGGAUGCACAUUCCUCUACAACAGCACCCAGAAUGCAACUGGAUCAAUAAUGUUCAUGCAAAGUUUAUCUUCGGUGGUUGAAUUCUGUAAUGCAAGCACCCACAACCGUGAAGCCCCAAACCUACAGAACCAAGUGUGCAGCCUCAGAAGUACCUGGGACGUAAUCACAGGCUCCUCUGACCUUAAUCACAGCCUCCCCAUGAGUGGGGUUGAGCUUCCUCCUCCUCCCACGUUUUCCCUCAUGCAGGCUGGGGACAAAGUCCUCUGCUUAGUGAUGGACGUGUCCAGGAAGAUGGCAGAGUGUAUGAAGCAUGAAGGCACAAAAGGUUUUGAAGAGUCCAAGGCAGACAGACUCCUUCGACUGCAACAAGCAGCUGAAUUGUACUUAAUGCAGGUUGUUGAAGUUCAUACUUUUGUGGGCAUUGUCACUUUUGAUAGCAAAGGAGCAAUCAGAGCCCAGCUGCAACAAAUUAACAGUGCCGAUGACCGGAAGCUGCUGGUUUCCUAUCUGCCCACCACCGCGUCCACGGAAGAAGGAGUGGACACCUGUGCAGGCAUUAAAAGGGGUUUCGAGGUCAUUGAGAAGAGGAACGGAAGAGCCGAUGGCUCUGUCAUGAUACUGGUGACCAGUGGGGCAGAUGAACACAUAAACAACUGCCUGCUCACCGCCAUGAGCAGCGGAUCCACCAUUCACUCCAUUGCCCUGGGUUCCUCUGCAGUCAGAAAACUGGAGGAGUUAUCACAUCUUACGGGAGGUUUAAAGUUCUUCAUUCCAGAUGAAUCUAAUCCCAACAGAAUGACGGAAGCUUUCAGUAGGAUCUCUUCUGGAACGGGGGACAUUUUCCAGCAAAGCUUACAGCUUGAAAGCGUGUGCGAAACUGUGCAACCCCAGCACCAACUUUUAAACUCUGUGACGGUGGAUAGCGCUGUGGGCAACGACACAAUUUUUGUAGUCAUGUGGCAGACCAGUGGUCCUCCUGAGAUUAUAUUAUUGGAUCCUAGUGGAAGAAAAUACAACACCAGUGACUUUGUCAUCAAUUUGGCCUUUCGGACAGCAAUCAUUCAGUUUCCAGGAACUGCAAAGCCUGGGCACUGGACUUAUAUACUGAACAACACACACCGUUCUCCUCAAGCCCUGAAAGUGACGGUGGCCUCCCGAGCCUCCAGCCUGGCCGUGUCCCCAGCCACUGUGGAAGCCUUUGCGGAAAGAGACAGCACCUAUUUUCCUCAGCCGGUGAUAAUUUAUGCGAACGUGAGGAAGGGUCUGUAUCCUAUUCUUAACGCCACUGUGGUGGCUACAGUCGAGCCAGAGGCUGGAGAUCCCAUUGUGCUGCAGCUUUUGGAUAAUGGAGCAGGUGCUGACGUUAUAAAAAGGGAUGGAAUUUACUCCAGGUAUUUUUUCUCCUUUGCUGUAAGUGGUAGAUACAGCUUGACAGUGCAUGUCCAUCACUCUCCCAGCAUAAGCACCCUAGACCACUCUGUUCCAGGAAGCCAUGCUAUGUAUGUGCCAGGUUAUAUAGCAAACGAUAAUAUUCAAAUGAAUGCUCCAAAAAAAACUGGCCACAGAGGUGUGGAGGAGCAGUGGGGCUUCAGUAGAGUAAGUUCUGGGGGCUCCUUCUCAGUGCUGGGAGUUCCAGCUGGCCCCCAUCCUGACAUGUUUCCACCAUGCAAAAUUACUGACCUGGAAGCCAUAAAAGCAGAAGAGGAUGUGAUCCUCUCUUGGACAGCACCUGGAGAAAACUUUGAUCAGGGCCAGGCUACAAGCUAUGAAAUAAGAAUGAGUAAAAAUCUACAGAGUAUUCGAGACAAUUUUAACAAUGCCAUUUUAGUGAACACUUCAGAGCUAAAUCCUCAGCAAGCUGGCACAAGGGAGAUAUUUACAUUCUCACUGAAGCUUGUCACCAGUGAACUUGAACAUGAACCUGAUGGAAAAAUGCAAGAAAACCACGUAGUGUAUGUGGCCAUGAGAGCAGUGGAUCAAAACUCCCUGAAGUCAGAUGUAUCUAACAUCGCCCUGGUGUCGCUGUCUGUUUCCCAAAAUUCUGCUCCUGCACUUAGCAGAGAUGAAUUAAUACUGAAAGGAGUUUUAGUGGCAGUAGGUUUGAUAGCAAUGGUCUGCCUUAUUAUAGUUGCAGCACACUGCACUUUAAAUAGGAAAAAAAGAGCAUUAAAGAAAGACAAUGUAACAAAAUUGCUAUGAACCAAUGUGCAUAGUACCUUCCUUCCUAGAUAUGAUGCCCAUGGCCUUUACAUUCAUAAAAAAUGCCAACAAAAUCAAAUUAGCAUCAACACUAUGUUGAAAUGCAUUUGGGCAUUUAUAUAAUCACGGUUCAGGUUUUUACAUAGUAGAUAGACACCACCACCCCUCAAAAAGCCAGCUUUUAUAAUACUCAUUUGGGGGGAAUGGUUAGAAAACAGUAAUUUUAUAGUUAUGGAAAAAUAAUUUUUAAAAAUAUUGUUCAAGGUAAUGUCUUGAAAGGCAAGGUAAGGGCAAAAUCAAAUCUGGGUCAAGAAAAGCAUGUUUUAUUAAAGUUGAGGGAAAAAAAUAUCCCAGGCACAGAAAAGGAGGUUGGGUCUGAAUUAGGCAGUGUAACUGACUGUAUGAAGCCACCGUGUUACUUUGAUUAAUUUCUCAUCUCUGCUUAUCUGUGCAGAGCAGGAUGCAUGUUUAUAACUGACAACCAAGCUGUGAUAGAGCUGAGGUCUCCACUACAGGCUCUUCAUGUCUUCUCCUUUGGUUAAGUUCGCUAUGGCUCUCAUUCCACCACCAAUGCUUGGACAGGCUCUUCCUCACUGUGAGUGGAGACCUUAGAGUGUGGCCAUUGUCCUUACUCCUUGGUACUGAUCUGUGACAGAGGUCGCCAGAGUUUAUUGUUUGUAAGAUUUUAGUCCCAUUGAAGCAGCUUUGAAGUUAUUACCUUGGAAAUACUUGAAUAAAAAUGGUUACAGCGCUCA